UCUUUCUUCAUUGGUGGAGGAACAUAUCCAAUGUCGAUACUUUCAGGCUUUGAUCAUUUUACACUGUCAACAGCAUUCAACGUUUCUAUACCCGAAUUAAAGGAACUGCUGACGAGGCAACAAGCUGGUCCAAUCAUUUCUCUAUCCAAUUCUCAAACCUCGAACAUAUGGGCCGGGUUUUUGGAUCUCGAGCAUCAUCAGAAACUGGCUCACUUGAAGAGAGUUGUUCAUUUGGAGGAAAAAUUUAGUGAAGAACCAAAAUGGUCGUUUAGGAAGCUUUUGAUCUCUGUAUUUGGAAAGGCAACGAAGGAAAGGGAGGACAAAAAAAUUAAAGGGCCCGGUUCUUACAAUAUCUAUGAUAGAAAGCCUGAUUUUAAGAACAAUUAUGGAUACAGCAUUGCUUUGGACGAGUCCGAUUUCUCACCCCUUGCCCAUUCGGAUGCUAGCAUUUAUCUUGUCAAUCUCUCUGCGGGCUCGAUGAUGGCACCACAUAUCAAUCCAAGGGCGACCGAGUAUGGUAUUGUACUAAGAGGAGCCGGUACAAUUCAAAUUGCGUACCCUAAUGGAAGCCUAGCCAUGAAUGCCAAAGUAACCGAAGGCAAUGUGUUUUGGAUUCCAAGAUACUUCCCGUUUUGCCAGAUCGCAUCAAGAUCCGGCCCUUUUGAGUUCUUUGGUUUCACCACAUCUGCACGCCAGAAUCGGCCUCAGUUCUUGGUGGGGGUGAACUCGUUGCUGCGGACAAUGAGAGGGCCUGAAUUUGCGAAUGCAUUUGGAGUGAGUGAGGAGAGGUUGAACCAGAUACUCGACUCUCAGAGAGAGUCGGUUAUAUUGCCAUCAGCCUCCAUUGUACCACCGGACGAGACAGUGGAGGAGACAAUGGAAGUGGAGAUGGAGAAGACUGAGAUUCUACCAUAUAUGAUCAGAAGCUUUGGCAAUGACAUGAUCCUGGAGUUCGAUUAAUAGGCAAGUU